AUGAAUGAAGGCACUUUACGCACGAUGAGAGGAUCAAGAUAUGGAACGUUAAUUUUUCUUGUUCUAUCUUUAUUAUUAUUGCUUUCGCUAGUUUGGGGACCGAUUCGGGCUUGCGCAAGCGCGGCGGGUCCGCGACAGGCACCCUCGCAAAGUGACCAUGUGUCACUCGAGGAACGCGACUGGUUCGAGAUGCUGCGUCCUGCUUUGGGCGGGCGUAACUCUGGGCCUGGUGGCCUCACUGACAGUAGCAGUAGUGGCACCAGCUUCACGGGACCUACAUCUACAGGGACGAGCACUGCUGCGUCGACAGGCGGGAGUGGCACCUCGACGGACUCUGGGGUUUCAGCGGUGUCUGGGCCACCAACCAGCAUAACUAGUUCGACGCCCGGUCCCGUCUCGACACCGGCGCUGAGCACACCCACGGUAGCGCUGACGCCAACACCUAUGAGGUCGCCUACACCUACACCUACACCUACACCUACACCGACGCCUACACCGACACCGUUACCGUCUCCUACACCAACUCCAUCACCAUCACCGAAUACGCAGCACACAACAGGACCUACUGUUCAGCCUAUUUUGCAACCAUCGCCCAGCUUCGGCGUGAAUACCGCGACUAGUUCCGCUUCUGCAUCAUCCACAGGAACGGGAAUUAGCUCAAACAGUGGGAGUGCGAUUUUCACACCAAGUUUAACGAGUUCAGGGACAGGCUCUGCGACACCGACGUCUCGGCCGCGAGAUAGUUACAUUCAUGGAAACAGCCUUGUAGAUUCGCUUGCCUCUUCAACACCGGCAAUGACGUCUACCCGUCGGGCAACGCCAACGCCAACGCCAACACCGACGCCUACGCCUACUCCUACGCCAACACCGACACCUACGCCUACUCCUACGCCAACACCGACACCUACGCCGACACCGACACCUACGCCGACACCGACACCUACGCCGACACCUACGCCGACACCUACGCCGACACCUACGCCGACACCUACGCCGACACCUACGCCGACACCUACGCCGACACCGACGCCUACGCCAACACCGACACCUACGCCAACACCGACACCUACGCCAACACCGACGCCCACGCCCACGCCCACGCCUACGCCUCUACCAUCUGUAUCAUCGACGCCUGUUGUGAGCAACGCGACAAGCACGCCUGCACCGUCGCCUUCUGUAUCAUCGACGCCUGUUGUGAGCAACGCGACAAGCACGCCUGCACCGUCGCCUUCUGUAUCAUCGACGCCUGUUGUGAGCAACGCGACAAGCACGCCUGCACCGUCGCCUUCUGUAUCAUCGACGCCUGUUGUGAGCAACACGACAAGCACGCCUGCACCGUCGCCAUCUGUAUCAUCGACGCCUGUUGUGAGCAACGCGACAAGCACGCCUACGCCUCUACCAUCUGUAUCAUCGACGCCUGCUGUGAGCAACACGACAAGCACGCCUGCACCGUCGCCUUCUGUAUCAUCGACGCCUGUUGUGAGCAAUGCGACAAGCACGCCUACGCCUCUACCAUCUGUAUCAUCGACGCCUGUUGUGAGCAACACGACAAGCACGCCUGCACCGUCGCCAUCUGUAUCAUCGACGCCUGUUGUGAGCAACGCGACAAGCACGCCUGCACCGUCGCCUUCUGUAUCAUCGACGCCUGUUGUGAGCAACGCGACAAGCACGCCUGCACCGUCAACAUCACCAACACCCGCUACGACGUCCAUUGUUGGGCGCGCCUUCCUCUCUGUUCGAACUGAGGCUUCAUGCUCGUCCGCAUCGCUUGCUCUGUCUGCGUCAGUUGCAUCCGCCUUGGGCAUAUCGCCGAGUGCUGUCACCGUGUCCGAUGGAUGCUUCUCUUCAGGCUUGCCGCUGAAUCGAGAAGUACUGCUACAGGAACGCAUCCAGCGCUUUCUCCCAGCGGGUGCGUCGUUCGAUUUACCAUUCCUUACGACGCUGUUCCGUCAGACGAGCUCUGGGGCCGGUGGCCUUGUGCAAUUUACUGUUUUCGCAACAGUACCCGUAUCUAAUGCGAGUCAAGCUCAGCAAGAACUCAACAAGCUGCUGAGCUCGACCUCGUUGCGUCAUCAGCGCCUCGCACAAGGAGUCGGACCUCCGUCGCCACCUCCCACACCGACCCCGCUACUGAACACGCUUCCGAAUGGUAGCCCGAUCCCUCAGCAAAAACUUGUAUUUGCUGACCAGCCCACGAUACAGAUUCCCGGAAACGCAAACAUUUCCUGCGAGGCGAUUCAAGCCGCGGCGAAAACGGCAUACUACAACGCAUUCGCGGACAUUCCCGAUUUCACGUUGGAGGAUGUUUCUCUGAGCCCGUGCUCUUCGUCUCAAGUGAUGCGAGCGGGUGCACCGCCGUCCGAUCUCGUUCAAAACGGGUUACGCGGUUUGACAAGUUGGCGGCGCUCACGUAAGGGUGCUCUUCGUCUCAGCUAUUCUACGACCUAUACAUUCAGCGUAGCGUGCGCAGUCUACCCCAGGUACGCCCCGGCAAACUGGCAACAGCGCAACUAUCAAGCAGCAUACACGCUACAGAGCGAGAUCAUUAUGCAAGCCGAAACAUCAACAACAGUGACGUUGACGACGCUGAACUCUGAAAGCGUCACUUCGCUGACGUACACCCAGCAGGAGAGUGUCGUGGAGGCGUUGCUUGGAAACAGCGACAAUCUUGUCUACGAGCCGGUGCCCGUCUAUCCUCGUCGUGUCUACCUUCGGACCUCCUUGUACUGCGGCUCGGCGUCGCCCGGCUCCGUUCGACUAAGCUGUAACUCGAUGCAGACAGCGAUAUUGAACAGUUGCGACAAUAUCGGAAUCCCGUCCGAGGUGGUGACGAUUCGCUCCUGCGAGCAGGUCAACGAAUGGGACGUGGUGGUGCACCUCCAAAUCGAUACGUACUCGACGUAUGCUUCCGGGUUCACUGCCGCCUUGCGAGACAAUAUCCAGAAUGGCUACUACUUUGAGCAGGUGAAUACCUACGAAACCAGUUGUGGCAGCGUCGAGUUUUACACCGAUAUCGUGCAAUACUCGUACAUCGACGUGAUCGGUACCAGCAGCUACGCCGCUCCAUCCGCAACGCCAACGCCAACGCCAACGCCAACGCCAGUGAAAUGGGUUGAAGUCGUGACCGAGCGGCCUGCAGUUGGCGGCGUCUGGAUCGAAUGGGAAUACUACUGUCAGGCACUGGACGUCGUCGAGUACUGGACGUGUUCUGAGGUUGCGUAUGUGAUGCAGCAGACGCUCGCCGAGGUUUGCGGCGUCUUCGUCUCCGAAAUUGUCAUCGAGAAUUGUGAGUGUAUCGCGGUCAAUGGACAGGGUAGCGUUCCGGCGAGCUGCAGCGGUUUCACCACGACCAGCAGCGGAGAGGUCAUUUUCGAGUCGGCACCAAUGUCGACGACAACUCCCACGAGCACAGUCUUGCCGCUCAGUUCAAGCGUUGCGCCGACGCCAUCUGCGGUGCUUGUCACCCCGACAGCGAACGCCAUUGUUGCGAGUGCAACCGCGUCGCCUCCAGAGACGGUAACAUCAGCACCUGUGCGGUCAGGUACAGAGACGCCGAUGCCAACCGCGAGCCCAACACCUGCCGGUACGAACACGUCAGCUGGCGCAGUGCAAUGGCACUACAAUCGUGUUUCCGGUCGAGUGCUGACGAAUGCUUUCCAGGCACAGAAUGUGAGCCAAAAUAUGACCACUGCGUACCACUCGGCACACAUCAAGAACACCUUUGCGAGGAAGCUUCGUGAGCUUCGUCAUCAGCGUAGCCAUCACAAUUCCAGUACGAAUGGAAAUGUGAGCAUUCAGAUUUCCCAGAACCGGAGUCUAGUCUCGUUGGACUUUUUGGGCAAACCGUCGACAUUGGAGCCGCUCUAUUCCGUCGUCCAGCCCGGGCGAUUGUAUGAUCUCAGUGGAAGGAUAUGCACCGCUUCGUGCCGGCCGCCUGGCAUCAACGAUUCGGACGUCUCGCCGGCAAACUGCUGCAGUGGAAACGGGGUAUGCGUCAGUGGCGUCUGCUACUGCGUUGGUGGCUAUCGAGGUUUGCUGUGCCAGAAUGCGCCUUCAUCAUCAUCGUCGUCGUCGUCGUCGACAGCGUCUGCGUCGCCUUCGCCAUCCAGUUUGGCGUUACCGAGCUUUCCGCCGCCUCCUUCGGGCUACGAUGCCGUGGAUCUCUUGAUGGAAUUGCGUGGCGUGUCGUAUAGUCAGUUCUACAACAGCACCAACAACGCCCGCUUCCGCGAUUUGCUGAUGCAAAGCAUCCAGUCCAUUGCGCAGAUCUCGUUGGUACGCAUUCACGUGGUCGGCGGCAGCGAGUCCUAUAAUUCCCUGCAUUACAUGUUGAUGCGGGCACCGACGAGUGUCACCACUACCGGCGCCGUACAGUUGAUCCUGAAACCGAGCGAUGUGAAUGUGGUCACCCGUCUGCUAAGCACUGUGUUCCUCUAUGAGCAAGUUCGACAGGCGUUCCCUCCAAAUGGAUCCGUGGUAUCAGUGGAGGUGCGACGUGUCGCCACAGGUGACCCCUCUCAGAUUUCCGGCAGCGGAUCUGGCUCGGGUGCACCUCUGGGGGCAAUCAUUGGAGGCGCUGUGGCCGGUGCUGCUGCCCUGAUUCUCGCCGUGUUGGCUGUAUGGCUUUUCUUGCGGCGAAGGCGACGUCGACAGCAACGCCAGCGCAACCGAACAGGCACAGUGCCGUCGUCAGCGGCACUCGCGGGAAUAGCUCCCGGAUCCCGAGUCUCCCAGAACGAUACCGUUGAUGUGGCAGCGUUGAGACCAACUGGCAGCACAGCUGCCGCACUGGGCACAGUCGACAGCGCCAAUGUGGUUACCAUGCCUCUGGUUGUGGGCCCGAACGCCACACUGCGCGAACUCGCGCGAGAGCGCCUGCUGUACGGCAUGCUGGCGGGCACAGCAAGGUCGUCGCUUGCCGGUGCGGAAGACUCCCGCGGCAGCUCCGCUGAUCAGCGUCGCGCUCCCGGAAUGCUAGUAGCAGACGAUCGCGGCAUCCAGGUAUUGUCUGCAGCGUGCCGCAUGAGUGACCUCGUGGGCAAUGGUGUGUUCCUUGUUGAGGAACUUGGUCAGCAGCCGCCAACGCUCAACGCGUUGCCGCCAAGCGACCAAGGUCGGCGUCUCGUGUACCUCUUCAAGCCGACGUCGAACGCGGUGAAUACGCUGAUUGCGUCGCUUGAACAUGUGACCAAAGCGUCUGACAGAGGAAGCGGAGAACACGAUGACUCGGAGACGCCCAAGGUCUCCAGCAAGACCAUCAUUGAAGUUUUCGCGACAUCUCGCGUCGACGAAACGUAUCUUGAUCGAGUUCGGGCGGCAUCGCAGCUCGUCGAACGGCUUGCGCAGUUCACGGAACUCAACAUCGAUUUCUGUGCAUUCGAGCAGCGCCUGUUUCAUCUCGGCCGUUAUCCUGCGGAUCUGCAGCCGGUGCGGCCGCAAACCAUUGCCGAGUCCUUGUUGACGCUGUGCUCCGUACUGCAGGAGCGACCGCGUAUCCGUUUCGCGCGAGACUCGUUCACGGGCGCACCCGCAGCCGUCGCAGAGGAGCUCGUCAGGAUACUCGACGAGUACGGUCCUCUCAUUCUGCCGACAAGAGCGGGAUCCGCUCCUCGAGCUGGAGCUUCUCGGACGGUGCUCCUCAUUGUUGACAGAGACUGCGAUCUGUUGACGCCCCUGUUGCACGAUGAUACGUAUCAGACGGUGCUGAAGCAGGAAUUCCCUUCGUUGCUGGAGGCUGAUAGCGGUGCUGGAUCCCAGCUGGUGCUCGAUGAGUACGCUGACGAUGUCUGGAGCCUCGUGCGCUAUCGCCCAGUGGAGCAGGUCGGGCGCCUCCGGACCGCGAAACGAGGCGCGCUCGCCACGAGCACCUCCGACUCGAACGUUUUGCUGCCUAGCGAUGCCGACGCUGCGUCACUGGAGCGUCACCAGCGCCUGGCUCGUCGCGCGCAGGAUCUCUGGGAGAAUGCGCAAAUCGCCAGGAUUGCUGCUCUCGAACGAGACAUGCUCAAUGCGCAGCGUGUCGUCGGUACCGAUGCUGAAACGCGUGUCCGAGGACAGCUGCGACAAUUGCUCGACGAGGACAAUAUUCGCCUGGUGGACAAAGCUCGUCUGAUUGUAUUGUUUGCGCUCACGCAGAAUACGAGCACAGCUGAGAUUCAGGAGCUGGUCUCGAUGGCAUUUGCUCGCUCUUCAUUCGGGGAGCACCAGUCAUGGGGAUCGUCACAGGGAUCGGCGGCGCUUUCGAGUACUUCGGCAGGGUCGAGUGCAUCGACUGGAACCUCUACCACAGCAUCGGAUAUCCGGACUGCACCGCAGCUGACCGCUGUCAUUGAGCGUUUGUGCAUCGCCUACGGAGUGCCGUUGCGGAAGACGCCAUCGGAGAUGCAAGCCAUGCAACAGACCCAUGGACGGCUCGCGAAACUUGCGACAUUGCUUAUCGAGCGUCGCCUCGGUGAGUCCGCGUUCCCGUAUGCCGGCGAGAGCCGCCACUUCGAUCGCGCGUACAUGUCCGACGACUCGUCAGCCGGUGAGCUCUCCGAUUUCUCUACCGAUGACGAGGAGAGCGGUAUUCGCCGCACGAGUCGAAGUCUUCGCAGGCGUCGUUCGUCGUCGGCAAUCCGUGAGUCGUCUCUCGGUCGUCGCAAUCGUCGACGUUCCUCUUCGUCAUCGGUUGGCAGCGUAGACGAGUCUGCGACGCGUCGCAUCAUUAUCUUUGUCAUUGGCGGCCUCUCGUGGAAUGAGACGCGGUACGCCUAUGAUCUUUCGGAGUCGAGCGGCACGCAGGUGUUCUUUGGUGGAAGUUGUAUGCUCGACGCUCGUGCAUUCAUUGAAGCUCUCGUGCCUACAGCGUCGGACAUGCUCGCGGGCAAGGGCGCUCUCGAGGGAAGCAUGCCAGGGGCCUUGCCGCCCUCGAGUACAAAGCUGGUGCGUUCGAGUUCCGCUGCUGCACUGAGUGUAUUGUCUCAGCGAAAGCGCUCGCGAUCGCGCAGCACCUCGGUGACGCGCUGA